AAAUAAUGAAUCGCAUCAAACGUCUCCCCGUUCCUAUCUUCUUGUGGUGUUAGUAAGUUAGGCUAAUAGUCACGUGGCUGUGAGUUGAGUGUGGCUUUUGUGAUUAUCAGUUACACAGUAAUGUACAGUCUGCGUGGAUGUUUAUUGAUAUCCAUGCGGGAUGUCCUCCACAGAGACGUUACUCUGCUAUUAUUAUUAUUAUUAUUAUUCUGUCACCCAAUCUGUCUCCUCCAUACUGCUCCAUCAUAUAUCUGGUGGCCGUGUGGUGGUCCGUCAUGUCCCGGAGACUGCGUGGCAGUGUAUUUGUGUCUGUUUUUGUGCGUUUCAUUGUGUGACUCUGUGUCACCUGCUGUGAGCGUGACAGCUGCUUUCUCCCCCUCUUCCUCUCCUAUGACUGUCCUUAUCCCAUAGCUAAAAAUACAAGGUGGAAUUCCUCAACCCCCCCUUCCAGUGACACAGUUUAACUCCCUGUAGGACGCGGGCCGGAGUAACCUUACCCAGCUGGGUUAGUGACGGGCAGUGCCUGGCACAGAAAGGACCAUGGACAACCUGGAGAAGCAGCUGAUUUGCCCCAUCUGCCUGGAGAUGUUUACCAAGCCAGUGGUGAUCCUCCCAUGCCAGCAUAACCUGUGCCGCAAGUGUGCCAACGACAUCUUCCAGGCCUCCAACCCGUUGUGGCAGUCGCGCGGAUCAAGCUCUGUGUCAUCUGGGGGACGUUUCCGCUGCCCAUCGUGUCGACAUGAGGUGGUCCUGGACAGACAUGGGGUGUACGGACUCCAGAGGAACUUACUGGUGGAAAACAUAAUAGACAUUUAUAAACAGGAAUCAUCCAGGCCCCUAAACACCAAAUCUGAGCAACAUCUGAUGUGCGAGGAGCACGAGGAUGAGAAAAUCAACAUAUAUUGCCUGACCUGCGAGACCCCCACGUGUUCUAUGUGCAAAGUGUUUGGGGCUCAUAAAGACUGUGAGGUGGCCCCACUAACUAGUAUCUACAAGAGACAAAAGAGUGAACUCAGCGAUGGGAUAGCAAUGCUGGUUGCCGGUAAUGAUCGUAUUCAGGCAAUUAUUACUCAGAUGGAAGAAAUCUGCAAAAGUGUAGAGGAUAAUAGCCGCAGACAGAAGCAGCUGUUGAGCCAGCGGUUUGAUUCUCUGUACAAUAUCUUGGAGGAGCGUAAGAAGGAGUUAUUACUGAGCAUUACUCGGCAGCAGGAUGAGAAGCUGCAGUAUGUGCGGGGACUGAUCCGCCAACAUGGCGACCACCUUGAGGUCACCUCGAAGCUGGUGGAAUCAUCCAUCCAAUCCAUGGACGAGCCUCAGAUGGCAGCAUUCUUGCAGCAUGCCAAGGAGCUAAUAAAGAAGAUAACAGACAUGUCCAAAGUGUCCACAAUAGACCGACCAGACCCCGGCUACGAGAACAUGGACCACUUCAGUGUGAAUGUGGACUACGUGUCUGAGAUGCUGAGGACUAUCGAUUUUCAUUCAGUGGCAUCCGGUGAAGAAGAGGAGGAUUUGCUGGACACCGAGGAAGGAGAAGCCGUACUAGAAGAGGAGAAAUCAGAACCCACCGAUGGUCACUGACAGCACCACUGAACCAACAUCUCUUGCCUGGCUUCCCCCAGAAAGUGACCUCAACGGAUCUCCGCAAAUUAACAGACCCCUGCUAUCCCCUGCCCUCCUUUAUUUAAUGUAUGUUAUUCUGUGUACUGCACCACGGCGUGCCUCUGAUAAUAAAUGGUAAUAGGUAAAAACAUUAUGAAACAUUAAAUCUUUUGGCUACAAAUAAAUGUGCAGUGAUUGAAAAUA